UCCGCUGCUGCUGGUGAAAAUAGACGUGUAAAGCAAGAAUGCGCGUUUGUGGCUAAGAAUUAUUACAACAUUUACUCGCUAAACGCUAAAUAUUUACACAAAUAAUACAAUAAUUAAGUGCUUAAAACGCCGAGUGUGUUUUACAGUUUUCGUUUGGGUGUUUCUUGCAAUAUUUACGCAUUUGUUGUGUCGUGUGGCGCGUUUUGUCUAUACGAACGUAAGCCAAAAAGAAAAUGUGUGCUAAAUGAGAAUGUAAGCAAUAAGAAUACACAAAAAUACUCGAAAAAUGUAAAUAAAUACAGCAGUGUUGUCUGCAAAUUGUUACAAAUUGAAGAGGUCAGUUAUUCGUAAACAAAUUACCAUUUCGAAUACAUUUAAAAAUCAAGAAUUCUGUUAUGGGUCGCCAAAAAUGAUUAAUCGUCGGCGUACUUUUCAUGAUCGUUGUGAGCGACAAUCGUUAUCGGACAAUGACUGGCGUCUGCUUGGGUUACGUAAAUGUUAAUCGGUUCGGUGUUGAAGGGGCAUGAAUGGUACCAAUGUGGAUUUUAUUAUUUCCAAAUUCGCGGUAAACUAAAUUGAGGCCCUAUGGAACAUGCCCGUGGAUAUGCAUAAAAACGUCUCCGUACAAGUUGAUAGUGAUUUUGCUUUAUUACUGCCCAGCGGUGUUUAUGAAAUCAAGAAAAUGGAACCACGAUCCAAAAUACGAACAAUUAUUGUAUUUUGUCUCUUUCUGGCCAUUGCUGGCAUCAUUGGAUUCGGCUACUUUUGUCAAGAUCAGGUAUGUGCCCUCUCCAAGCGCGCUGUAAUACUUCAAUCCUCGGACAUGCUGGCCUACAAUGAACUCCAGCCUGUAGCUAUGCAUCAGGCGAGCAACAGCAACAGCAACAACAAUAAUAACAACAACAACAAUUUCAAUGUGGGCGGGAGCACAGCCAUUACCUCGAAAUCUUCAGCACCACAGAACAUAAUAGCCAAUGCAGGCCUGAGCUAUGAGGAUGUGUUGAAUGAUGACUUUCAAUUCGACAUGGACGGCCACGAUGUGAUGGUCUUUCUGCACAUACAAAAGACGGGCGGCACUUCCUUUGGGAGACAUCUGGUGCGCGAUUUGGACCUCAAGCGGCCAUGCGAGUGCCAACGGCAGCGAAAACGCUGCUACUGCUUCCGUCCGCAUCGUAAUGAGAACUGGCUCUUCUCCAGAUAUUCGACAGGCUGGAAGUGUGGGCUGCACGCCGACUGGACGGAGUUGACCAGCUGUGUGGACGUCGAGCUGGACAAGAACGAGGGAGAGACGGCAAAGCGCCGAUACUUUUACAUUUCGCUGCUACGCGAACCGAUCUCACGCUACAUGUCCGAGUAUCGACAUGUGCGUCGCGGCGCCACCUGGAAGGGAUCGCGCCAUUGGUGUCUGGGUCGCCAGGCCACUGCCAGCGAGCUGCCGCCCUGCUAUAAGGGUAAAGAUUGGCUGGAUGUGGAUCUUGAUCAGUUUGCUGGCUGCGAAUCAAAUCUAGCCGCCAACAGGCAAACACGCAUGUUAGCCGAUCUCGCUCUAGUCGGCUGCUACAACAAAUCAUCGAUGCCGGCACACGAGCGCGAUCGCGUCAUGUUGGCCAGCGCUAAGCGCAAUCUGGCCGCCAUGGCCUACUUUGGACUGACGGAAUAUCAAAAGAUGUCCCAAUACAUAUUUGAAGAGACCUUCAACCUGCGUUUUGCCAUACCCUUCGAGCAACACAAUGCAACCAUUUCGGCAGCUGCAGUCACGAAUCUGCGACCCGAUCAGCGGCGACGCAUCGAGAAGCUCAAUAGCCUGGACAUUGAGCUGUACGCAUUUGCCAAGAAUUUGCUGUUCCAACGCUUUGAACAUCUGAAAGCGAAAGAUGCCAAGUUCGAGCAACGAUUUGCCAAUCUUGGCAACAUCUACUUCAAACAAGGAGUUACGGAAUUUAAUUGGGAUAGCAACAUUGAAGAUGCGCUCAGCACGGAUCAUUGAACGAAUGGAUGAAGGAAACCAAAAAUUAUCUAGAUAUUAGUCAUAAGGAAACGGAACCCUCAAGUAACAUCACUACAAAUCGAAGCAAGAAAAGUGAAAAACUCGCGCAUAUGCUCGAAAAAAACAAAAAAUAAAAACACAAA